AUGCUAUCUCAGAAAAAGCGACGUGUUGCUGAAUCCUCCAUUGAUUUCCGAGGGAUCACUUUGUAUAAUGGGGAAAUCACUCUUCAACCCCACAUUGCCUCAAAGCUCAAAGAUUUCUCAGACUCUUAUCUCCCAAAGAAUAUUCCAUUCUCUAGGACUCCAAACUAUGAAAUCCAAGCAUCUUACAACUACACCUUUGCCAAAACUCCAUGGAAAGAAUACCGCAGUAGUGGCCUUCGGAUUAAUUGGUUGCCCAUUUUGUGA